GGUGGGCCCAGCGCGUAAUGGCAGCGCCGUGGCCUCGCGUCCAUCUUUACCGCUCUCUCGGACCUGUCACAAAGGAGUCGUGCCGCUGCCGCUGCCGCUGCCUCUUCACUCUGGUGGGCCUGGGAGCUAGAGAAAAACUGCACUUGGAUGACCAGAAUUCCCCAUAGUUGAUAAUGGUGGAGAUGAGCUCUGCAGCUUUCUCUGGCAUUCAGUUAUUAAAAACAAAUAGGAUGCAAGCUCCUCGACUUCAGAUUAUGAAAACAGCACUUGGAAAACUGAAAACUAUCUAAAUGAUUGUCUUUGGUUGGGCCGUGUUCUUAGCAAGCAGAAGCCUGGGCCAGGGUCUGCUGUUGACUCUCGAGGAACACAUAGCCCACCUACUGGGGACUAGAGGUGCCACUGCUACCAUGGGUAAUUCCUGUAUCUGCAGGGAUGAUAGCGGAGCAGAAGACAGUGUUGACACCCAGCAGCAACAGGCUGAGAACAGUGCAGUACCCACGGCUGACACAAGGAACCAACCCCGGGACCCUGUUCGGCCACCAAGAAGGGGCCGAGGACCACAUGAGCCAAGGAGAAAGAAACAAAAUGUAGAUGGGCUAGUGCUGGACACACUGGCAGUAAUACGGACUCUUGUAGAUAAUGAUCAGGAACCUCCCUAUUCAAUGAUCACAUUACAUGAAAUGGCAGAAACAGAUGAAGGAUGGUUGGAUGUGGUCCAGUCUUUAAUUAGAGUUAUUCCAUUGGAAGAUCCACUGGGACCAGCUGUCAUAACGUUGUUACUAGAUGAAUGUCCACUGCCCACUAAAGAUGCACUCCAGAAACUGACCGAAAUUCUCAAUCUAAAUGGAGAAGUAGCUUGCCAGGACUCCGGCCACCCUGCCAAACACAGGAACACGUCUGCAGUGCUGGGCUGCUUGGCUGAGAAGCUAGCAGGUCCUGCAAGUAUAGGUUUACUUAGCCCAGGAAUACUGGAAUAUUUGCUACAGUGUCUGAAGUUACAGUCCCACCCCACAGUCAUGCUUUUUGCACUUAUCGCACUGGAAAAGUUUGCACAGACAAGUGAAAAUAAGUUGACUAUCUCCGAAUCCAGUAUCAGUGACCGGCUGCUCACGCUGGAGUCCUGGGCCGACGAUCCUGACUACCUGAAACGUCAAGUUGGCUUCUGUGCCCAGUGGAGCUUGGACAAUCUCUUUUUGAAAGAAGGCAGGCAGCUGACCUAUGAGAAAGUGGACUUGAGUAGCAUUAGGGCCAUGCUGAAUAGCAAUGAUGUCAGCGAGUACCUGAAGAUCUCACCUCAUGGCUUGGAGGCUCGCUGUGAUGCCUCCUCUUUUGAAAGUGUGCGUUGUACCUUUUGUGUGGAUGCUGGGGUGUGGUACUAUGAAGUAACAGUGGUCACUUCUGGUGUCAUGCAGAUUGGCUGGGCUACUCGGGACAGCAAAUUUCUCAAUCAUGAAGGCUAUGGCAUUGGGGACGAUGAGUACUCCUGUGCGUAUGAUGGCUGCCGGCAGUUGAUUUGGUACAAUGCCAGAAGCAAACCUCACCUACACCCAUGCUGGAAAGAAGGAGACACAGUAGGAUUUCUGUUAGACUUGAAUGAAAAGCAAAUGAUCUUCUUUUUAAACGGCAACCAGCUGCCUCCCGAGAAGCAAGUCUUUUCCUCUACCAUAUCUGGAUUUUUUGCUGCAGCUAGUUUUAUGUCAUAUCAACAAUGUGAGUUCAAUUUUGGAGCAAAACCAUUCAAAUACCCACCAUCUAUGAAAUUUAGCACUUUUAAUGACUACGCCUUCCUAACAGCUGAAGAAAAAAUCAUUUUGCCAAGGCACAGGCGUCUUGCUCUGUUGAAGCAAGUCAGUAUCCGAGACAACUGCUGCUCCCUUUGUUGUGAUGAGGUGGCAGACACACAACUGAAGCCAUGUGGACACAGUGACCUGUGCAUGGAUUGUGCCUUGCAACUGGAGACCUGCCCAUUGUGUCGUAAAGAAAUUGUAUCUAGAGUGAGACAGAUUUCUCAUAUUUCAUGACACCGGUGAAGAGGCACCAUGGACUUGUUUCUACUGAAUUCCAGCCAAUGUUGAAAAGAAAAACAAAGAAAAAAAAAUCUCUAAUCAGUUGUACGCACAUUGAAACUUAUAGCCAUGGCCAGAUUUUAUGCUAAAAAUGGUAGUUUGUCAAAGACAAAAUUCUCUUAGAAUCUAAUCCAACUUGCCAGCCCUGCAUAAUUCCUUUUAAGGCCAAGGAAAGCUAAAUGCUAGCAGCCAGGCCUGUGGUACUUCCAUGAAAAGCAAUAGGAGGCAAAGCUCUCCUGAAUGCUGAAACCACACCGGAAUUCUCCAUGUUGGGUUCAUUUGAUUGUUUAACACAGGAUGUUUCGCAUCAUAUUCUAAAGUUUUUAUUUUGGGAAAAGUCAUUACGGAGACGUAAAUGACAGCAUUUCUGGGUUAAGCAUAACUUUCCCACUGGUCAGAGAGAUACCAGUGUGUCAAGUGUGGCUAUUGCACUGCAAGACUUGAACUAUAAAAUUAGAAUCACACAGGUCAAUACUACAAGCAACACGGAGAACCUGAAAGCAGGUGCACAGACUGUAGAAAACAAACCCAAAUUUUUUUAUAUUUUAGUGAUUCCAAAGAACAUUCUAGUUUUUUUUAACUGCAGAAAAUCGGUGGUAUUUUCACAUUCAUGGUGUUUCUAUCCAAUUUCAGUACCCACAUUUUGUGAGGAAAAAAUGUUUUACCAAUGCAGGAGGAAUUCUUAAAUUAAUUGCAACGUUAGACUGGAGAAAAUUUGGUAUUUAGGGUAUUUUUAAGGUACCAUCAAAUCAGGUUUUUUGUUUUUGUUUAAAAAAUUUUUUUAAUCAGUAUUGUUUUUGGAAUAUACUUUGAAACUCUUGAACUAAUAGUCUCAAAAAUUCUAGAGGACAGCGUGAAAAUACAUAUUCCUAUUAUUUUAAAUAAAUACAUGUUUUUGAAUAGUAAAUUCAAUCAUGGAUUGUUGACUAUGUCUUCAUCAAAAGUGUUAAUCCCUCUCAGGGUCUCUGGUGAAGACCUUCAAGAGUUUGGUUUUUUCUCCCAGAAAAUUGGAAGGUAGAAUUAUAAAUUCAUAGAACGUAUUUUCUAAUGGUGUACCUCAGCAGCUGCCUUUCAAUUUAUGCCAAGUCCUUACUGAGUUUAUACUUGAAUAGUAAAUACGUCUUCUGAGUUUUACAGUGUCUUAAACUCAAUGCACAUGUUUCCCUUCCUUUCCCACCUCUUCUUGUUCGUAGUUCAUUAAACCUGUCCUUCUACAGAGCUGAUUUCCUUCCUGGCUGUACUUGUUGGGGUGCUGGAUUUUUUCCAUGUCUUUAAGUCUUCCAUCAAUCCAAAAAAAUAUAUAUAUAAAUAUAUAUACAUAUAUAGAUAUAGAUAUAUGUUCUCUUCUUUAGCUUGUGGUGAAUACAAUAAUUUGCAUUGAAGAAUAAAACAUCUGUUGCCUUUUUUGACUAAGAUUUCACAACUUUCAUUGACUUACUACUAAGUUUCUAAGACAUACCUUAGGUUUUAAGGACUGCUUUUCAAGAUACAGGAGAAUUAAGUAUUAGAAUUAAGAAGUAAGAUGAAUUACUAACUCACCCAGCAAAUCUUUAUUGAGUGCCUAAAAUAUGCCGGGCCUUUGUGGUUUGAAAAUAUCUGUUUUAGACCUUAUGUCAGUAGAAAGGGAAAAGACAAUAAUUUAUGUUUGUUGUAAUUGUUAGUGCCCUGAAGGAUGACUGGGGUCCUAGAGAGAAUGGUGGGCGGCUGAUGGUGGGGGGUGGGGAUAAGAAAUCUUAAAGGAAGAGGAGGACGUAGGCAGAGACUGAGGACAAGCUGCUAGGAGCAGGUGGCUGGGUGCACACAACAUUCCAGGCCGAGGCCUGCUAAGAGGAAGGCGCUCAGGGGCUUUGCACCUGGUGCAAGGCCCUGUAGCUGAUGACACAGGGAGGAGGAGGGUGCAGAGAUGGCAAGGAGCAGCUCCAGAAGGCGUGUUUAGGAUUUGGUAUUUACCUCAAGUGCGGUAGAAGGCAAAGGAAUUUAAGCACAAACGUGCCUUGCUACAUAUUUUUAAAAGAUGGCUCUGUCUGUUCUGGGGAGUGGAGGGAUGGGGGCAUAGAGAAAAAGCAAAAAAAAAAAAAAAAAAAAAAAAAUUUGCAAUUGGGAAGACCAGUAAGGAAACUUGAAGUCGUCCAGCUGAGAGGGGAAGCUGUGCGUAUUAUCUGCCAGUAGUCUUGAACUUUGUUCUCAUGGUGGCCGAUUUUUCAAGUUCUUAACUUCUGGGCCUUAAAACAUAAGGAUUUCAAUAUUAACUGGAUUACAUUAUCCAGGAUGGAAUCAAACAUGUAAUUUUAGAGCUACUUCAAAGAGAAAGACACUCCACACAGAAGAGAUAAAACUAGGGAUUGGCAGACUGUGUGGAAAAAAGUAAACAGUGGCUCUACAUCCUGCAGCCAAUAUAAGCAUUUUAAGAAAAAUGAAAACUGGAGCGGGCGCUGUAGGCUAAGCCUCUGCCUGCAGUGCCAACAUCCCACAGGGCAGCAGUUCAAGUCUGAGCUGCUCCACUUCUGAACCCGCUCUCUGAUUUGGCCUGGAAAAGCGACAGAAGAUGGCCCAAGUGCUUGGCCCCAGCACCAGUGUGGGAGACCUGGAAGAAGCUCCUGGCUCCUGGCUUCAGAUCAGCCAGCUCCAGCUGUUGCAGCCAUUUGGGAAGUGAACCAGCAGAUAGAAGAACCCUC